AUGACCCAAUUCUCAGAAGGUUCUUUACCUCUUAUCACAUAUUUAAUCAUCAAGCAAGCACGAGCAUUGGUGAAGGGAGUUCACAUCUACGAGGAUCAUUUAACCUCGUAUGCAUAUCUCAUGGAGAAAAAGUUGAUUUUUCACAUCAUUCGUGGUUCUCGGAAUUCUCCUACAGUCUUGUCUGAGUUGUUGUUUCAUGGAAAUCGAAAAUAG